AGCAGUCCAGGUAUAGACGUCCCUUCUCCUUUAAAAGCCAACCUUUUUCUCUCUUUUUGCGAUGCUUAUCAAACCAAGGGGGCACAGAGAGAGAGAAAGCGAGAGCGAGGCUGCGAGAGAGAGAGAGAGAUCUGAAGGUGGUGUUGAGUGCAGCAAGACCCAUGUUUUCCUUUUGGAUAGUUAAGCUUUUCUGCCUACUCACAUGACCAAAAUUUAUGUCAUCUGCGGUUCAAAAUCCUCUGGGAUCCAUCAUUCUUGUCCUGUACUACCUCUGAUGACAAAAAUGAUGGUUUCAGAAGCUGGCUUCUGCAGAUCUCACUGUGGUACUCGUUGAGCUUUUCCUGCAAAAAGGUGGUGCAGAAAAAUCCCAGUGAUCUACACAACCAGAACGUAUACUUGAUUUUGCAGGUUUGAAAUUAGCUGCUAAUAGCAAAGAACUGAUACACAGAGCAAAGUCAUCGAUCCCAGGAGUUCUACAGCUUGGGAAAUGGAAGGAUCCGGCUGGGAGGAUCAGCCUUCUGCUGCUACUCUCUUGAAUGCAAUAGGCCUAAUUCCUUGGAGUUUCACGGGUGAGAGUUCUUAUGACCUCCCAACGUUGUCGCAGUUUUCUGGUGUUGGUGAUUAUCAUCGACAACAAGCUCUCACCAACAACUCAUCAAUUGAAUCCGGUAUGGAGGAGAGAACGGUAGACCAAACUGUGGCCUUGGACAGCAAAUUCUUUUACUCGAGCCCAGAAAUUGAUCAUAUGAAGUUUUAUGGUGUUGGAUUCGUCGACAAAGUUCAGCAGGAAGAUCAGCUGAAACUACCACCAGGUGGGCAUUGCUUCAACAAGCCUUCAGUUCAGCAAGAAACAGAUCUCGAUCCACGGCUUGGGUUGUCGGCGGACUCUCUGAAUUGCAUCAUUGCUUUAGCAAAUGGGAGCAGAACUGCGCCGGUUGAGCACGAUGGUGUCUCUUCUCAAAUUCAGACUCUCGUUCCAGAAAACUCUUUAUUCUCGCCGAAUAAGAAUAGCUUUUGGACAGUGAGUUGGGGAGCUGGCGCUAGUGGUGCAAUUUCGUCUGAUUCUGCUGAGCAGGAUGAAUCAGUUUCUCGAUCAUCUUCUCAACAAAGCAAGAAAAGAAAAUCCCCGGAAGGAGCGAGUUGCAGCUUCAGCCUUGGAGGUGAGAAUUAUCUACGGUUCGACGCCUUCAACUCCACUUCGCCGCCAGCUCAAGACGGCGGUUUCCGGCUCAUCACCGAGAACUCACACAAGCAAAAGAAACCCAGACCGGACAAGCAAGAGAAAUCAUCCAGCAUCAAUUUCCUGGACCCAAAUUCACCCUUCAUGGAGCCUGACACGGAAGCAAUUGCUAGCAUGAAGGAAAUGAUAUAUAUCGCAGCAGCACUGAGACCUAUCAAUCUGGCCACGGAGGGAACGAUGGAGAAGCCCAAGAGGAAGAAUGUGAGGAUCUCAAGUGAUCCACAGACGGUAGCGGCAAGGCACAGGAGAGAAAGGAUCAGUGAUAGAAUCAGGACACUGCAGAGGUUGGUCCCUGGAGGUACCAAGAUGGACACGGCAACUAUGCUUGACGAAGCUGCAAAUUAUCUCAAGUUUCUUAAAUCCCAUGUUUCUGCUCUUCAAUCACUAGGAACAGUCACAAACAACAUGAAUUAUCAACACCAAUCGACAUCGUUCACCAUUAACAGGCCUUAAUCCAUGUGGUUCACUGAUCAUGUUGCUGAAUAUGAGGAAGAAAUUUGAAUAAUUAGGUUCAUCAUUACUAAUGUGAUGCAAACAGCAGGAAGCACGCUUGUUCUUUUGGUGUAUGUUGUCCCUAGGAUAUGUACAUUUCCAUUGUUGGUGAUCUGCAGCUUUUCACUUUCAGUGACAAGAAAUGCAGACCAUCCAAAGAUAUGAAUUAUUAUUUUUUUUUCCUUUUUACUUCAGCCCGAGUAUCAUCAACGGUGCAUAAGAUUUGAAAUUCUUG